AUGUCGCUAAUUAGUGAUACCGACUAUCUCAUACACAGUCUCAGACUCAACUACCUACGCGACGUCGAGGAUCCUUAUGGCCGCCGUCUCAUCUCUCUCGACUCGUCCUACACUUCAAAUCCUUACAUCCUCGCCGCCUCUCUUGCUGACGUUGACCGAUGGCCCGAACUCGCUAUGCCGUCUAGCCCUCAAAUCUCCGACGACGAAGAACAACAACCAGGCGCAGGCGCCAAAGGGUUGAAGUAUACUCAGACGAUCAUGGGUGGACGUACAGGCGGGCUGGGAUUGCGUGUGAGUGGGAAACGAGCGUCUGUGAGCAAACGAGCGUCGACGUUGCUAUCAUCGACAACGGAGCCGGAUGUAGUGAAGAACUUUGUGGGAACGAGUGCACCGGUCAAUGAAGAAGCAGAGGUCGAGGAGGUAGCAGAAGGGACGCCAGAGAUCAAGGUGCAGGAGGCACCACCAGUGGUAGAGGCUCCCCAGUUUGUUCCACGAUUCAAAGGUGCUGCUGAGAUGGAACGACGACGACGACUGAGGAUGGCAGCGAGGAGAGGUCCCGACGCAGCCCCGCCCCCUGGUCCGCCCCCGACGCUCAGCUUUGACGAUUCUUCGAGUGACGAAGACAACGCUGUCUCAUCUUCGUCCUCAUCAUCGACUUCUUAUGGUGCAAAUGAUAGCAUGGACGACGACGACUUUGACCCUGAAUUUGCGGCAACGACAACACGUACACCAGGAAACUUUGACAGCGCCUCUGACAUGAACUCUAUGCUCUCCCUUUCAAAUUCCCGACGCUCCCGCCCCCGACUCACGCCCGCCUCAGGAAAGCUCUCGCCUAAUCGCCCACGUGCAGAGUCUCGUCCUCACAGACCACAGCGUAAUCCCACUACAGAAAUGUCCUUUACACGGAAACGCAUCGUACCUCCCAAGCCUCCAGCCGUGUCUGCUCUUUCUGCGAUGCUCAAAUCAGCGGGUACGACCACUAAUCCGUUCAGCGAGCUCUACUCGUUGAUCAGUGGACGCGGCGAGAAUGCGUCAUCGUACGUCCAAGUCUACUUUCCCCAUGCACAAGGGCCCAGAAACAAGGCUAUGGAGCUCAGUGUCAGGAAGGAUGCCUCAGUCGAAGAAGUCAUUGGGUUUGCACUAUGGACGUAUUGGGAAGAAGGAUGGAAACCCAAGCUCGAUGAAGGUCUCACUGAGGAAGACGAGAAAUGGAACACUCAACUCAGUGCCAUCGGGUGGAUACUCAGAAUAGCUGAGGAUGACGGUGAAGUGGACGAUGACUUUCCACCCCCGGAUCGAAUGGGAAAAAUCGUCAAAUUCAACGCAGAUGCCUACGCCGUCUUGGAAGCCAACCCUGCCCAAGUCGCCCAGAACCGUAUACUCCAAAGCAAGAUUCAACGACGACCCUCUCGAACAGCCGUCGCCAAGAAACCCCAGAAUCAGAAUCAGAACCCAGGAUCGUUGCCCCCAGCAGCCACUACCGGCGCUCCCGUAUUUGGCUCCAACCUCGGCUCCCUACCGCUCUCAACCAGUCUAGGUUUAUCAUCCAGUGGGCCGCAGAUGUUCUUGAGAAUCAGAGUAGCAGACGCAGCCGAUGCAGGGCACAUAUCCACUACUAUCCCUGUUUCUGCCGAGAUGUACAUGCAGGAGGCCCUCGAGAUGGUCUGUCGUAAGCGUAAGCUUGACAACCCGAAAGAGUACGCACUGCUGCUCGCGGAUAUGAGCAUCCUCAUCCCGCUGGACCGUACCGUGGCCAGUCUGCAAGGCAAGCGGGAGCUCGUGAUCAUCAAGAAGAGCAGGCUUGGCGGAGACGUUCUCAAGGGUGCUGGGCGGACGACUGACCCGAACGCAUCAAUAUUCAAACGUAUUUCCGAUACGCCAGAAGUCAAACUCAGCUCUGCAUUGGAUUACACUGCUGCUUACAAGAAAUACACGAUAUCCCGCAAGAUGCCUAUGCUCGUCGCCAAACAGGAAAAGACCCUCGCAAUCGACGGAGUCUAUAUUCACAUCAUGCCCUCCACAAACAAAGCCAAAGCCGUCUUCGACAAUGGCAAAACGUACUCGUACCACAUCAAGAGUAUCGUCGACUGCCAACAGAGCACCAAGAGCUCGAACAUCUUCAAGCUGGUACUUACGGGGAAUAAGAGGUAUGAUUUCGAGGCGGAGAGUCCGAAAGCAGCGGGGGAGAUUGUGCAGACUAUUAGGGGUAUGAGGGCGGCGUUGGAGAGGAGUGGGACGGUCAAUAGGAGUAGGAGGAGUCGACAUGGCGGGGCGGGGUAG